ACACGUUUAUGUAGAGUAUAUUUAACUCGUUUAUUUGUAUAAACCUGGGCUGAAAUCUCAGCCAACACAAAAAGAUAAAAGACACUUAUCUUCAGAUUAUCGAUGCUUACUCCCAUUUUGUAGAAGCGAUUAAUAACCGAAGUUUAUGCUAACUUGCGCAAUUGGCCACGUGACAUAUGCAUAUCUCCUGUCAUUAUCAAUAUUUCGUUUCCUUGAUUAUCUAGUUUUGCCUCCGGGUACACAUUGUAACCUCACAGUUUUAGUUUUCCUUAACCUUGCUAGGUGAUGGCUGCUGUGACAGGACCUUUGCGUUUUACAGGAAGAGUUGCAAUAGUAACUGGUGCUGGAGGCGGCUUGGGGAGAGAAUAUGCUUUACUCCUAGCUGAAAGAGGAGCUGCUGUUGUGGUCAAUGAUCUCGGUGGAACAAGGAGUGGAGAGGGCAAGAGCUCCGCAGCAGCUGAUAAUGUUGUACGAGAAAUAAAGUCUAAAGGAGGAAAAGCAGUUCCAGACUACAAUUCUGUUGAAGAGGGAGAAAAAAUUGUGAAAACAGCUAUUGACAGUUUUGGACGGAUUGAUAUCCUGAUCAAUAAUGCUGGAGUUCUACGAGAUAAAUCCUUUGCAAAAAUGUCUACUGAAGACUGGGAUAUUAUUCAUAGAGUUCAUUUGCGAGGUUCUUUUCUUAUAACCAAAGCUGCCUGGCCAUAUUUUAGGGAACAGGGCUAUGGAAGAAUAAUAAUGACAGCAUCUGGUGCUGGUAUCUAUGGGAAUUUUGGACAAGCAAAUUAUUCUGCUGCUAAAUUAGGAGUUCUGGGUUUAAGUAACACUUUGGCUAUUGAAGGAAAGAAAUAUAACAUUCAUUGCAAUACUAUUGUUCCUAUUGCAGCAUCUAGACUAACACAAGAUAUCUUACCACCAGAUAUAUUUGAUCAACUGAAACCGUCUCUUGUAAGUCCUGUAGUUGCCUGGCUGUGCCAUGAAAGCUGUCCAGAAAAUGGUGGAGUUUUUGAAGCAGCUGGUGGAUGGGUUGGAAAAUAUCAGUGGCAGAGGUCUUCGGGCAAAGCAUUUAUACCACCAGACAAACUUACUGUAGAAGCAGUUCGAGACAACUGGGAUGCUAUUGCUGAUAUGUCAAAUUCCUCAACUCCUGCAUCCCUGCAAGAACAAACUGUGGCCUUGGUGGAAUCUCUCAGUGGAAGUCUUCCAAAAGCAAAAAUACCAUCAAGGAAAUCUGCUGCUGCUGUUGAUGAUGUCUUUUCUUAUGAUCAAGAUAAAGCAAUUCUAUAUGCUUUAGCAGUGGGUAUGUCUACAAAGGAACCGACUGCACUUAACUUUCUGUAUGAAAAUGCUGAUGACUUUAGAGUAUUGCCUACAUUUGGAACAAUAGCUGCAAUGGAUUCUUUGUUCAAUUCAUCUACUUUCCGAGAACAAAUGGAGAAGCUGAAUGCUGAUCCCACAAAAAUCCUGCAUGGAGAGCAGUAUUUAGAACUUUACCAACCAUUCCCACCUUCAGCUGUGCUGACAUCUAAAUGCCGUGUGCUUGAUAUAUUAGAUAAAAAUUCAGGAGCAGUUGUAAUUGUUGAAGAAGAUACAUUCAAUGAAGCUAGCGAGUUAAUAAUGCGCACACAGUGGUCAAUAUUUCUAGUUGGUGCUGGUAAUUUUGGGGGUAAACGAACUACAGAUAAAGGUGUGAAGGUUCUGCCAUCACCUAAUCGCCGACCUGAUGCAGUUAUUGAAGAGAAAACUUCUAUUGAUCAGGCAGCUUUAUAUAGACUGUGUGGAGAUAAAAAUCCUAUUCACAUUGAUCCAUCAUUUGCUGCUAUUGGAGGAUUUCCUCGACCAAUCCUACAUGGCUUGUGUACUUUGGGUUAUGCUACCAGACAUGUCUUAAAACAGUUUACGAAUUAUGAUGUUGUCCCAUUUAAAUCUGUCAUGGCAAGAUUCGCAAGUCCUAUAUUCCCUGGG